UGACGGCCACCACCGAGAGUGGCUUUCUUUUGGCUAUGGUAGUCAGUCCUAUACUCAUGACGACUCGGGCCUGGACAACAACCGCACGACGACCUCACGACAACCCCGUCCGCCACCACCGAGUCGGCAGGUGCGAGGAUCCUCCGCAACAUGUCCGACACAGACACACAGGACGUGCGCAGCUUUCUGGAAACCACUGUCUCCUUCAUUUUGCUCGCGCAAGAAAGGUACGGUCCGUACCACAGCGCCGCAAAUUCACUCACGGCCAUCCUCAACGAUAGCCUUACGGCUCUUCGCCUCUUGGAACAAGGAUGUGCAGUUGGCGACGGGGCCGCCUUUGCCAACCAUACCCCCUCCAUGUCUGACCAACUGCAGUAUCAAGCUGAGCAUUCCGGCUCGCUGUCGCAGUAUCCGUCCACGAACCUCACGGCCCUGGUGUUCCCUGACGUGGUCCGUGGCCAGGAUGAUGGUUAUCGAUUGAUGCUGCCGAGCCCCCCAUCUUCGCUUCGGUAUGUCGAGGAUGGUAGUCUGGCGGAGACAGGUGAUGGAACGGUCACACAUCAAGUGUCCCAUGACCGGGAGAUGGAUCGCCAACAUGGGCCGGAGCCGACGCUAGCGGCCGACCAUCUUGAGCCGUAUUCGCCCACGGACCUCUCCGACCUGGUGCUCACUAACGUGGUCCGCGACCAGUACAAUAGGCGCCAAUUGGCGCAGGAGGUGGGUUACCAAAAUGAGACAGGGGCGACGUUGGGCACCGAGCUGGCAGAGCGUGCCUCGGACAUCAAUCCCCACAAUGUGGAGGCAGCAAAUCCGACCGUGCAACUCGGGGACGCCUCUGACACGAGUACAGGUUGCACCUCGGGCCGUAAGGAUGAACAGCAGGAAAUAUGCACACGUAGUAGCACGCCUGCACGAAGACGACCCAGGAUCUACUUCCCAGUGGAGUUGGUUUGCAUCGACGACGAAUUUGGCGUGUGUCACACGAGACUUGGGUCUUCCCGGAAAUGGAUAAGUAAGCGCUCGGGACAACACGUCAUCUUCACAAAAGGCGUUCCCGAGUCUUCCUCCGUGCUUUUGCGCUUCGCGGAGAGCGGAGAGCGGUUUGAGUUGCGAUACUAUGACAACCUCUACAAAUGGAAGUGGAGAGGCGAAUUCCACGGAGAGUGGUUCUCAUUGGAACGUAGGAGUCUGGAUAGGGUAGUCUCUCAAUCCCCGCAACAGCGCCCGCUGCAGCUACGAUGCGUGCUACUUCAGAAAAUCAGAUAGAAUAUUUAAGAAGCCCUCCAGCUGAGCAAGACGACAUCAGGGCUAAUGUCGGAAUCUCCACCAGCUCCGCACGUGCUUGGAACAACACCUAUGCGAUCUAACGAACUUGAAGACAUGACUGAUACUGUAGUGCCUCUGCGUCAGGGAGAGAGGUUAGCUUCAGCCCAUAGCAAUAGCUAUUAACUAUCGGGUGCUUAUUGUUUCCACUUUCUAGUCAAUAUAGAUGAGUCACAGACUACC